UUGAUAAUACACAGUGACGAUCACCUCACUUCCGGUAAAAAUAAUGUCGAAGUAGACAGCCAGUACUGCCUUAAGGAAGCUGUAAAUAUGGACGGGUUCUCUUCAUCUUUGUACAUUUUUGUUUGUUUCUCUUGUAUAUUGCUUUCCUUGUCGUCAGUGAUCUGUGAAUCCCCUAGUAAUGCCGGAGUAGAGAAGAGCAGCUUUGAGGACAAGCGAUGUAAAUGUGUGUGUCCCAAUGUCGCGCCGAAUGGAACCAUCAUGGGGAAAAGUCGCACCUGGAUCAAAGAUGAUCUCGACCCAACAAGCUGUGACUGUUACCAUGUAUUGGAGGAGCAUGCCAGUGGAGAAGUGUGUUCCCUGUGUGAAUGUCUGUAUGAAAGUAGGAACACCACAGUGAUUAAGGUGGUGGUGAUCUUCAUCAUUUGUGUGGUGGCCCUGCUGUUCAUCUACAUGUGCUUCCUUCUCUGUUUGGAUCCACUCAUCGCUAAGAGACCGAGGACACAAUAUCAACAACAAGUGAACGAGGAGGUGAAUUUGGAUAACUUAGCUGCAGAGCCUCAAAGACCCACGACAGCCCGGCGGCGAGUUGACAGGCAGCGGUCAGUGAUCAACCAAGUAACGGACGUACAGAAAAGGUGGAAGGAUACGGUACAGGAACAGAGGAAGCAGAUCUACGAUCAUCACUCACUACUCAACUAGAAAUGACGGAAAAGUGAAAAACUACUGACUCUUAAACUAAACAGACCUUAACUGAACUAAAUAAAGGAAGCAGAUCUACGAUCAUCACUCACUACUGAAUUAGAAACAGACACAGUGAAAAACUACUGACUCUUAAACUAAACAGAUCUUAACUAGGAAAUGAACAAAUUAAAGAAAGCAGGAUAUGUGGUCAUCACUCAGUACUAAACUAAACAAACUCUUACAGACAACUGAACUGUGAAAAAUACAUUCCUUAACUAAGAACGUAACUAACUACUGAUCAAAGGAAAUAGUGGGUCACUCAAACUCAAACAGAUCUGUGGAUAUCACUAAAAUGUAAAUUCAAAUGGACUCUAACCUACAGGUAUAAAUCACACCCAUAGAAACAGAUAAGUUUACAUCAGUAACUGACCCAUAGAUCACAUCUAAUGAACAGAUAUGUGAAUAGUACCGACGACCUAACUACACAACUCUUAAUCAAGGAGAAUUCAAUUUUAUU